UUUGCGCUUUUAUGUUGGAGGAACUUCACCCGGAAGUUAUUACAACAGCGCUCCAGAGGGAGAGGAAGUUGCUAACCCUGUGUUGGACUGGAGUUCUCCCAGAAACAUUACUUUUUGUGGGAUUUUGUUGUUGAUACGAGUUAUAUUUGACGACGGUAUUCAACAAUGAUUAUCCCGGUGAGAUGCUUCACUUGUGGGAAGAUUGUGGGUAACAAAUGGGAAGCUUACCUCGGCUUACUUCAAGCAGAAUACACUGAGGGUGAUGCACUUGACGCAUUGGGUCUGAAGCGGUACUGUUGUCGAAGGAUGCUCCUGUCUCACGUGGAUCUUAUUGAGAAGUUGCUGAAUUAUGCUCCGCUGGAGAAAUAAUUUGGAAGACUUUAUGGACUUUGGAGGGUCCUGGGUUUGAUGCAUCAACCCAGGACAAGACUUGAGAGUAUUUUAAGCGACUUUUCAGUUAUGCAUUUUUCUAAAUAAAAUUGUUUAAACAUC